AUGAUGCCUACGUCUAAUACAUUCUGUCUAGUAUGCAACAUCAACCUUAACGCUUCAUCAUGUAUAAAUAUAUUUUGCACAUCUCUCCCUAAUGAUGGGGAACUGUUAGCGAAUUUUAUUUCAAAAGUAUUGUGUAUAGCUCUUCCAGAAUUAAGCAAUCCUUACAUCUGCUCACAAUGUUAUAAUUUGUUCCAAAUGUUGGAACAAGCGCAGAAAACCGUUUUAAAUAUACGUUGUGAAAUUUUGAAGAUAUAUUGUGCUACUGAGAGAAGAAAAAGUAUAAAAGCAUCGGUACAUAAUGGUGCAGGCUUAAACACAAACAUAGUCUUAGAGAAAAACAAGGUAGACGUAAGCUGUGGCACUGAAUACUUGAAAGAAGGAUCAAACUUGCAAUCUUUUCAAAUUGAAGAACUGGUUAAACAACAAUAUGUUCAAGAUAAAGUAACGAAUCCAAUAAUACAUCUUCCAAAUCUAGAGUGUGACAUUAAUAUUAAGCCUGUAGGAGAGUCAGAGGAUUUAAAGAGGAACAUAACAGACUGCAAUGAAAUAGAUGAUAUAAGCUCUAAUGAUUACAGUAGUCGUAACAAUAUGAAGAAGAAAGAUAUUGUACAAAAUGGCAUGGUCUGUAAUUUAGUACCAUUAACUAAUGAUAAUAAUAUAUACAAUAUUAGUCCUCAAGUGGGUGUGGUGAACUCUGGGAAUGAAUUAAAGAGCUUAGUAAAAACAAAUUCUAUUUUGUCCGACAAUAAGCUGCAAGUACAAAACAUUACAGAGUCCAUUGACUUAAAGUGGAAGGAAAUAGAUGAAAAUGUAACAGGGGUAAAAGAGAACACCGAGAUCACAACGGUAUUGAAAGUUGAUCAACUAGAUGUUCCUAUAAAAUCUGGAAAAUCAUCAAAGUACAAUAUAAAAUCAAUGAAGUAUUCUUGUUCUACUUGCGGUAAAAAAUGGAAAACGUCAACCGAACUAAAAACACAUGUAAAAACUCAUUCUUCGUUGAAACCCUACAUGUGCGAAAAAUGUGGUCAGGCAUACAAACAUAAACAUGCAUUGGAAAUACAUAUAGGAAUGCAUAACGGAAUCAAUCCAUUUCAAUGCAAUUUCUGCAAUAAGUGUUUCACGCAAAAGGGAGCACUUAUGAGACACCUACCGAUGCAUACAGGUGAGAUGCCUUAUCAGUGUGAGUUAUGUGGUAAAAGAUUUAUACAUCACACAUCGUACAAUAUGCACAAAUUGUCGCACAGUGGAAAAAAGUCUCACAAAUGCCAUAUGUGUGAUUUAUAUUUGUUUUCGACGUCGCACUUGAAAAGACACAUGCGAGCUCAUACUGGCGAAAAACCAUACAGUUGCACAUUAUGCGGAAAACGUUUCGCGGAACGAUAUAAUUUAUUGGCACAUCAAAAAAUUCAUGAUCCGUUCGACGAUAAAACGAAGAAAACCAAUGAGUCACGAUUCCAAUGUGAUUGUUGUAAUUUGGUAUUUGAACAGAAGCAAUGCUUGAACGAUCACAUAAAACAACAACACGUUACAACAGAUGAUGAAUCUGAUCUUAAGAAAUCAUAUACAGUCUUUUCAGUUCAACCAGAAUCGAACGAAUUGUCAAGGGGUGUAGAUUCUGAAGAUAAUAUAUUGCAACAAACGUGGAUACAAAUGAAUCGUUCUAAAUUAGAAAACGUUGGCAAUCAGACGAAGUUUGUGUUUCUGCAGAAUCCUCUGUCUGAAAUUAAUGAGACUUCCUUUGGAGUUACGUUCAAUGAUUAG